AUGGCCUUCUUUCAAGCCCUUCCAUGGCACAAAGGCGAAGAGACCCUACACGCUCUCCUCUCCAUCCCCUCGCAAGACAACCCUACUGUCCCGGCUCUCUCCCCUCAACUCUCCCACCAUCUCCCUGUCGUCCCUUUGAUCGCACUCGGAACCCUCGACUCUCGUUCUCGGCCUUGGACAACCCUCCUCGGCGGACAGAAAGGUCUGAGUCAACCGCUCGGUGGCGGUAUUCUUGGCAUCCGGACAGCGGUACCAGGGAAGUGGGAUCCGGUGGUGGAGGAACUGGUUGGGAAAGAAGGGAAGGGCGAGGUCGUAAGGGAGGAAGGGGACGGGAGGAUGGUAAGUGGACUGACGAUCGACUUGGAGACGAGGAAGCGGACCAAGUUCUUUGGAAGGAUGGUCGCUGGUGCUCUGUCGCGGGAGAAGGAGGAAGGGGAGGGUGAAGUGGCGGGUAUGCAGUUGGUAUUGAAGGUCGAGCAGAGUCUGGGGAAUUGCCCGAAGUAUCUCAACUCCAAGGCUGUCAGUCUAGCGGUCUCGAGGCCGGAACGCGUGCUUCCUGCUGGUUCAUCGGAGCCGAUAUCGUAUAUACCGGAUGAGGCUGUAGAUCUGCUAGCUCGCGCCGACCUAUUCUUUGUUUCGAGCUCGCAGCAUGCCCUGGAUAUGGAUACCAACCACCGCGGCGGCCCUCCCGGAUUUCUACGUCUCGCAUCCAACUCUCCUUCUUGCUCGGAUGCUGCAGGUGCCGUUCUCGUCUGGCCAGAGUACUCCGGCAAUCGGCUCUAUCAAACCCUUGGCAACCUCUCGGUCAAUCCGGUAGCAGGACUCUGCAUCCCCGACUUCGAAACAGGAGACAUGCUCUAUCUUACCGGCAACACCGAAAUCCUCGUCGGCAAAGACGCAAGCGGCGUGCUUCCUGGCACCAAACUUGCCGUCAAACUUACGGUCACGGAAUGCCGCUUCGUCAAGUCCACUCUGACCUUCCGCGGCACCGAAGGAAAACGCAGCCCGUAUAAUCCCGUCGUCCGGCAUCUCGCGUCGGAGAAACCAACCACUACUCCUAGCAGCACAAGCGAGAUAGAACUCACUGCCAGGUUACUCUCUCAGACUGUCCUCACGCCCACCAUCUCUCGCUUCCGCUUCAAGUUACACAGCCGCUCGGGACAAGAGCUGCCCGUCCACCGACCAGGGCAGUAUGUCACGGUGGACUUCUCGAAGGAUCUGGACGUCGGAUACUCACAUAUGCGAGACGACGAUCCGAGGAGUCUGAAUGAGGAUUGGGUGAGGACAUUCACGGUCUCCAGUGCGCCGGCCUCAUCUCUACCGAAGGACGAGUUUGAGAUGACGAUCCGCAAGGUGGGCGUCGUGACGGAGUUUUUGUUCAAACAUGAUGGCGAGUCGGUAAGGUCGAGAGGGGAGUUGGAGGUCAAUGUGCUAGGUUUCGGAGGGGAAUUCGGGGUUGAGCAGAAGGAUGAGGAGGUGGUCGCGUUCGUCGCGGCUGGUGUGGGAAUAACGCCGCUGUUACCCAGUCUGAACAAGUUGGACCUGGAGAGGUUGGAGGUGUUGUGGACUGUAAGGGAAGCUGACCUCGGUCUGGUGAGGGAUGUUCUGGAUAAGAAGCCAGAGCUGAGCAAGGCGGUUAAGCUGUUCGUGACUACAGGCGGUGGAGUUGACGAGAAGAAACAAGAAGACUCGGCAGAAAAGGGUAUUGCAAAGAUCGAGCUUACAGGCGCAGAAGUGUAUCGGAGGAGAAUGACGAAGGAGGACGUGGACUUGCUGGGAAAUCACAGCAACGCGAAGAGACACUUUCUAUGCAUGCCACUGCCGAUGAGAAAACUGGUGGAAGAAUGGGUCGGUCACCGAGACGGAAAGGAAGUGAUUUUUGAGGACUUCAAUUUCUAG